AUGAAGACUUAAAGUAUAUUUGCAGUCCUUCUGAUAGUUUCAUCAGUAUUUGGAUGGUGGGAUGGAGGUCAUAUGAUCACCGUAGAAGUUGCAAAGUAAGAAAUUUUAGCCAGGGAUCCUGCUCUCUACUUAAAAAUCGAGAAAUAUGUUACCAUUUUAAAUCCCUUAUGUGAUGCUAGAAGUUAAACUUUUGUUUAGGCUGCUAGUUGGGCAGACGACAUCAAAGACCCUGCAAUGAAUUUCUGGGAUAAAUGGCAUUUCUUCAACAAGCCUAUCAAUGAAGAAGGUCUUUAUGUAGUCUUAGACUAAGACAGCUUAAAUAACAAUAGCAUCAACGCAUUAAAGAGAUGUAUUCAAGAACUCUAAAAGAAUAAUACUACUCCUAUUAAUAAUCCUGAUAACAUUUCAGUUUAAUAGGCUAUUAUGAUGCGUUACUUAAUUCAUAUUGUUGGUGAUAUGCAUUAACCUCUCCACAACACAAAUCUUUUCAAUUACACAUUCUCAACAAAUCAAGGAGAUCUUGGUGGUAAUAAAGAAAAUGUUAUUUUACUUAACGGUACUUCAAUGGUUUUGCACUAUUACUUUGAUAGCGGGGCUCUUCGUUUAGCUGACUUCAGUCGUCCUUUGAGUUAAGAAUAAGAAUAGCAAGUAACUGACUUUGCAGCUUCAUUCAGAGCUCAAUAUCCUAGAUCUUUUUUUAAUGAAAGAGUCAAUAUUACUUUACCUGAAAUGUGGGCAUAAGAAAGCUAUGAAAUAGCAGUAAGAGAUAUUUAUCCUUACCUAAAAUUAACUAACAAAGUAACUCCUGAAUGGGACAAUUUACAGUAUGAAAUGAUCAAGCAGUAAAUUGCACUAGGAGGCUAUAGAUUAGCUGAUUUACUCACUUCAGUAUUCAACCCUCCAGUUCCACCUACUCCUGUUCAAGAUUCUAAUAACAGCACCUCCACAAACUCUACUUCUUCUAUUAGUUUGUUAAGAAAGUCAAACAUUUGA